UAGCAGCGCUCGGGAGAUGUCAGCGAGGUCUCGCGAGAUGUGACGGAAGCCUGUGGGGGACCUGGGCUUUAAUGUGCGGUUCGGGCCGUGCUCCGGGGGAAACUGAGAAAAGCUGUUCCAGCCUCAUCCAGUUAAAUGGCCCAGGAAGCUGCAUACCAUCUGAUAUCGAUACUUUUAUUGCCAUGAAAAGGAGGACGUGAUAAGGUGUUCACCUUAUAAAAUUUGGCUUACGUAUGAAAUCUGGCAGGUAAUACAGCGACCUGUGGAAUAUGAGUGAUGACAAACCCUUUUUAUGCACAGCCCCUGGAUGUGGCCAGCGUUUUACCAACGAAGAUCAUUUGGCUGUCCAUAAACAUAAACAUGAGAUGACACUGAAAUUUGGUCCAGCUCGUAAUGACAGUGUCAUUGUGGCUGAUCAGACACCAACACCAACUCGAUUCUUGAAGAACUGUGAAGAAGUGGGUUUAUUCAAUGAGCUAGCAAGUCCUUUUGAAAAUGAAUUCAAAAAGGCUUCAGAAGAUGACAUUAAAAAAAUGCCACUAGAUCUCUCCCCUCUUGCAACACCAAUCAUAAGAAAUAAAAUUGAAGAGCCUUCAGUUGUGGAGACAACUCAUCAGGACAGUCCUUUACCUCAUCCAGAAUCCACUACCAGUGAUGAAAAGGAAGUGCCACUGCAGCAGACAGCGCAGCCUACUUCAACGAUAGUUCGUCCAGCCUCAUUACAGGUUCCUAAUGUACUGCUUGCAAGUUCUGACUCAAGUGUUAUUAUUCAGCAGGCAAUACCUUCACCAACUUCUAGCACUGUCAUUACCCAGGCUCCAUCCUCCAACAGACCAAUAGUGCCAGUACCAGGGCCUUUUCCUCUGUUGUUACAUCUUCCUAAUGGACAAACCAUGCCUGUUGCUAUUCCUGCCUCAAUCACGAAUUCUAACGUUCAUGUCCCUGCUGCAGUUCCACUUGUUAGACCCGUCACCAUGGUGCCUAGUAUCCCAGGAAUCCCAGGGCCUUCCUCCCCCCAGCCAGUGCAGUCAGAGGCUAAAUUGAGACUGAAAGCUGCUUUGACCCAGCAGCAUCCUCAGGUAACAAAUGGAGAUACUGCCAAGGGACAUGCUAGUGGAUUGAUUAGGACUCAGUCAGAGGAAGCCCGACCACAGUCAUUACAACAGCCUGCUACAUCAACCACUGAAACACCGGCAUCCCCAGCUCAGCCCACACCACAAACCCAAAAUACGGGUGGCCGUCGAAGAAGAGCAGCAAAUGAAGAUCCUGAUGAGAAAAGAAGAAAGUUUUUAGAACGAAACCGUGCUGCUGCUUCAAGAUGUCGGCAAAAAAGAAAAGUCUGGGUGCAGUCACUAGAGAAAAAAGCAGAAGACUUAAGCUCCCUGAAUGGCCAGUUACAGAACGAAGUCACCCUGCUGAGAAAUGAAGUGGCACAGCUGAAACAGCUUCUUCUGGCUCAUAAAGAUUGCCCUGUAACCGCCAUGCAGAAGAAAUCUGGCUAUCAUACUGCAGAUAAGGAUGACAGUUCUGAAGACAUUUCAGUGCCAAGUAGCCCACAUACAGAAGCUAUUCAACAUAGUUCUGUCAGCACUUCUAAUGGAGUAAGUUCAACCUCCAAGGCAGAAGCAGUAGCCACAUCAGUUCUCACCCAGAUGGCGGACCAGAGUACAGAACCAGUUCUUUCACAAAUUGUAAUGGCUCCUCCUUCCCAGUCACAGCCUUCAGGAAGUUGAUUAAAAACUUGCAUUACAGCAGUUUCUUAGAUAUAUGUUUUUGACUUCAAAGGGAAAUCAAGAAAAGACCAGUCUUCACCUAGGGGAAAUCUGUAGUUUAAAAUUAUUCAUUUUUAAAAUUCAGAUUUAAAUUUGGCUUUAAAGAUUGGCGGAUGAAGAUGAGACUGAAAAGUAGUUUCCAGUCUCUUUGCAAAAGACUGAUUUUUUAAAAAUAUUAGAUUUACUAGUUAUUUUCUGUGCUCAAUGUGUAAAGUGUGUGUACAGUACAAUGUGGUUUAUUUCAUUUUUAAUUUGCUUUUAUUUCAACAAACAUUGGGGUGAAUUACUAAAGCUCAUUCCCAAGACUGUGAUGAUAAUAUUGUUGUGUGACAUUUUAUACCAAAGUUCUGCAUAGUCCCUAUUGACUUUGUAAUGUUAACAAGGUCAUAAAGCACUAGGCAAGAGAAAAGACAGUAACAGUAAAUUUGCUUUUAGUCUUUUUGCCUUUUUAUUGUUUUGCACAUUAUGAGAGAGAGAACAUUGGGAGAAAAUGUUUGCUUAUAUUAUGUAUAGCAUUUUGUUUGGCUUUUUAACUGUUGAUUUUUUUUUUUUUAUUCGUUCAACAGGGCCAGUACAGUAUAUGAGAUACAGUACUCUUAUGCACAUACCUAACCUAGAUGAGGGUCAUUACUUAUUAGAUUUUUUUUUAAACCAAUAUCAAUUUUUUCAACACUUUUUCCUUUUCAAGGAGAGGAGCUUUACUUCUUUAAUCAGAACAAAGUUCUGCAGCUAGCCUUUGUUACUAGCUUAAUAGGAAACAGUAAGAAGAUACUGUACAAUUACAGGGAUCUCAGAUAUGGAAGAGUUUCAAAACUAGUUUGAUAUUUUGUGGAUUUUUGAGUUGCAGACUAAGGAGUUCAUUCAUACAAGUAUAUGGUCUAGAUGCCAGAAAAGUCUAAAAAUCCCUCUUUAGACAGCUCAAGACUUUUUUUUUUGUCAUUGUCUUGUAUUUGCAAGCUAUCUUGUACUUAAUUCUUGUGUAAGCACUGUCAUCUUUUAGUAGCAAAAUUUUGAUACCUUUCUUGUGGAAAAAAUCAGUAUCUACCGUAUCUUGGAAACAAUGUAAUUAUAAUGUGAUGUGUGUGGUGUGUGUGUGUGAGAAUGGUUCAGUAGUUUAUGCCGGCAAUCUUUGCUUGAAUGUUUAAAGAUGCCUUCAAUGUGAUGCUGGCUGAUAGAUGAUUGCAGUUUUAAAAUGUUAUUUACUGUGCGAACUUGGAUAACUAACAUUCCAUGAUGUAGUUUGUUUCUGAUGAGAUGAUUGUAGGUACACUUUUUCUCAUUAUCCAAUCAUCUGUAGGAUAUUGAGUUUUUUAAAUGUGCCAUUAUCUAUUUUGAUUCUGUACUCAUGUUCAAACUACAGUACAAGAUUUUACAAUAGAUUAAGUUGUAAAAAAAAAAAAAAGUAGAUGUGUGCUUUCAGGUCAGAAAACUUUGUAUAAUAGCAAAAAAGAUACAUAGUAGCAACUUCUGGCUAAGACAGGAUUCCAUUAUGUAUAUAACAAAGAUUUAAUGCAUUUAUAAUGGGUUAUGUAGUUCAUUUGCUCUUCCUUCUUCAUCUACAAGUCUCAGUGCCAUCAAAUUCCUUAUGAGAUUCAGUUUUAAAUCUACAUAUAAUUGGUAAUACAGAGGAAGAACAUAAUUUGUAUAAUAUACAACCGUACUAUAAGAAAAACUGGACAAAGAGUUAUCUAAAUUGUGUAUAUAUCAUUUCAGUGCUUUAAGUGUGGAAAUAAUAGGAUUUUUUGUAUUUUAAAAAUAAGGAAAUAAUUUGAGUUAAUCUCAUAUUUUUAAGCAUUCUUACUUUAACCAUUUCACAUAAAAGGUAUGACUUAAUUACUGAAAAUUUCCACAAUGAUGAACUCUACCUUAAGUCUGGUGAGAGAGGAAUUGAUCUUAAAGGCACAAAAUGUGAAUUUUACCAGAAAGUUAUACAGUCAUUUCUCUUCAUUGUAAUUUUGGUGGACUAGAUAAAGCCUCAUUGUUUGUUGUUUUUUUUUAUUUGCUCUCCUAAACACUACAGUUUUUUUCAUUUUAUUUAUAUAAGUGAAAGGUUUUUUUAAUAAAACUGUUGCGCUUGUAAAAUAAGUCUACAUAAGUGUGUAGGAGACAUGUAAACAGUUAACGAAUUUAACAGUGGGGUUGGAAAAGAACCAUUAUAAGCCUAUCUGUGUUCAACAAAUAGAAACAAGUUAAUAGUUGUACGCCAUGAAUUCCGUUUUGAGAGAUAUGUCACACUACUUCUGUACUUAGCAUUUGGGUCUUUACAUUUGACAUGUUUCACAAACUGUACUGUUUUCUUUUAUGUGCAGUUUGCAUGAGUAAAUCAUCAAAGAGAAUAAAAUCUAUCUUUAAAUUA